AUGUCGAAAAACGAGAGCGAUGCCGCCGAGCAGGCGAGGGAAGACGAUGAUGACGAGCCGGAUGAAUGGGACAAGCGCAUCUUCAGUACAGGCUGUGCAGACGAGAACGCAAAGAUGACCGACUGUUAUUUUGACAAGAAGGAUUGGCGAGCCUGCAAAGAUGAGACCGGUGCACCGACGGGCCCGGCUAUUGACUGGUCGGCGUCGUUCCAUGGGCUCUCGAUGGUGCCGUUUGCGCCCGAGGUGGCGGCCAAGCUGAUGACGCCGCUCGAUCCCGAAGACGUCGAGGUCAAGCCGGACGGGAUCCUGUAUCUGCCCGAGAUCAAGUACCGGCGCAUCCUCAACGGGGCGUUUGGGCCGGGUGGCUGGGGCCUGGCGCCCCGCGGCGAGCUCACGGUGGGCGAGAAGGUGGUCUCGCGUGAGUACGCGCUCGUGGUGCAGGGCCGGUUCGUCGGCCAGGCUCGGGGCGAGUGCCCGUACUUUGGCGACGACGGCGUCGCCACCGCCGGUGAGGGCUGCAAGUCCAACGCGCUCAUGCGCUGCUGCAAGGACAUCGGCAUCGCCUCCGAGCUCUGGGACCCCCGCUUCAUUCGCCAGUUCAAGCAGAAACACUGCCGCGAGGUCUGGGUCGAGCACGUCGCCACCAAGAAGCGCCGCCAGAUCUGGCUGCGCAAGGAUUGCCCCCCGACCUAUCCAUACGCCCUGCCGUCCUCGUCCCCGGCGCGGACACCCACACGCUGA